AUGCAGGUACAACUUUCUCCAGCCCAGAAACAGGCACCACCUCACUCAACAGAGCCCUCUAAGGAAGGUGAACAUUCUCAAAUAAGGCAGGAGGCCCCAGCUCACUCUCCAGAGCCCUGUAAGCAAGGACAACCUUCUCAAAUUCAGCAGGAGGCCCCAUCCCAGUCUACAGAGCCCUCUAAAGAAGGUGAACCUUCUGUACAGGUGCGACAUUCUCCAACACAGCAGCCGGCCCCAGCUCAGUCUGCAGAGCCGACUAAGGAAGGUGAACUUUCUGAAAUCCAGCAGGAGGCCCCAGCUCAGUGUACAGUGCCAUCUAACAAAGGUGAACCUACGCAAAUGCAGCAGUAA